CCCUUGGCAGCCCCAAUAAAACCGCUUGCGGGCCAUGCUAUCAUAGCUGUGACCCAUUUCGCGCAGCUGAUCCGCUGCUGAUGCGAGACGAGAAGGAACGUGCAUGCAUGCAUGCAGCACCACCAAACCAUACAGUCGUGAGUAGCACAACCCUGCAUGACAGGCGCGUUCCUCGCCGGAAGCAAAAAAAGAAGGCUAAGCGUGACCUUGCAAUUCAAAGAAAGCAUUCAAAAUUAUCCAUCGCGCGGUCGUUGGCAAAGGGCCACCGGAACCGUCAAGGGUCGCGAGUGCGAGGUGCGAGUGUGUUGCAACACACUAGGCAAUGCUGAGCUGCUAGCUGCAUGAUCCUGCUUCCUGCUUCCUGCUUCCUGCUUCCUGUUCACCUACCGUGAUUACAAUGACAUGCUUAAAUUGACCUUAUAAGCGCGCGAUCCGCUCC